CUUCAUUGGGACCUCAUUUCGUGGCCUUUUUUACUCCCCGCAUUCCUCCCAAGGACUUCCUUGUCCCCAUCAACGAACCACUGCUAGCUCUCCAAUCUACUUAAACCCCGCAUUCAGCUAUAUUAGCCCGCCGGACCACAUCUUCCUCUCCCCGGCUUGUCGCAAUCUUCAAUUUGUUCCUCUUGCAUUACUCUCAAUUAGCUCACAUCACAUACCGUCACCAUGGGCAAGGACGACCAACCCAAGACCUACCGCUACAAUGAGAUGCCCAUCUACACCACCUCCAAUGGCUGUCCAGUUAUGGACCCCCAGGCUGCUCAGCGCGUUGGCCGCAACGGACCCCUUCUGCUUCAGGACUUCCACCUGAUCGACCUCCUCGCACACUUCGACAGAGAGAGAAUCCCGGAGCGUGUUGUCCACGCCAAGGGUGCUGGCGCCUUUGGUGAGUUCGAGGUCACCGAUGACAUCAGCGACAUCACCGUCAUCGACAUGCUCAAGGGCAUUGGCAAGAAAACCAAGCUGUUCACUCGCUUCUCAACCGUCGGUGGUGAGAAGGGCUCUGCGGACAGCGCGCGUGAUCCCCGUGGCUUCGCUAUCAAGUUCUACACUGAAGAGGGCAAUUGGGACUGGGUCUUCAACAACACCCCUGUCUUCUUCCUCCGUGAUCCCGCCAAGUUCCCCAUCUUCAUUCACACCCAGAAGCGCAACCCCCAGACCAACCUUAAGGAUGCCACCAUGUUUUGGGACUACCUUUCCACCCACCAAGAAGCCGUUCACCAGGUCAUGCACCUCUUUAGUGACCGUGGUACGCCCUACUCUUACCGCCACAUGAACGGCUACUCCGGCCACACUUACAAGUGGAUCAAGCCCGACGGCACCUUCAACUACGUCCAGAUCCACCUGAAGACCGAUCAGGGCAACAAGACCUUCAAUAACGAGGAGGCCACUCGCCUGGCGGCUGAAAACCCCGAUUGGCACACCCAGGACCUGUUCGACGCUAUUUCGCGUGGCGAGAACCCCUCAUGGACUUGCUACGUCCAGGUCCUGAGCCCCGAGCAGGCCGAGAAGUUCCGCUGGAGCGUCUUUGACCUGACUAAGGUCUGGCCUCAGAGUGAGGUUCCUCUGCGCCGCUUCGGCAAGCUCACUCUGAACAAGAACCCCGAGAACUACUUCGCCGAGGUUGAGCAGGCCGCCUUCUCCCCCUCGCACAUGGUGCCGGGCGUGGAGCCCUCUGCCGACCCUGUCUUGCAGUCCCGCCUCUUCUCCUACCCUGACACCCAGCGCCACCGUCUGAGCGGCAACUACGAGCAGAUCCCCGUCAACUGCCCGCUCCGCUCGUUCAGCCCCUGGCACCGUGAUGGGUACAUGAACGUGCACGGCAACUACGGAGCCAACCCCAACUAUCCCUCCACCUUCCGUCCUUACAACUACCAGCCCGUGAAGGCUAGUCAGGAGCACGAGAAGUGGGCCGGUUCCGUCGUUGUUGAGCAGCUGCCCGUCACCGAUGAGGACUAUGUGCAGGCCAACGGCCUUUGGCAGGUCUUGGGUCGCCAGCCCGGCCAGCAGGACAACUUCGUCCACAACGUUUCCUCUCACUUGUGCGCCGCCCACGAGCGUGUUCGCAAGGCCACCUACGGCAUGUUCCACCGUGUGAACCCCGAUCUGGGUGCCCGCAUCGAGAAGGCUACCGAGGCCAAGGCUGACCACUCCAAGUCUUCCCGUCUGUAAAAUAUAGUAUCUUACCCUUGUUCUUAUUUAGCCUUGUUCUUUGGUCCACGUGCAUAGUCAUCAUAGAAUGAUGAAUGUUAGAUAGCUAUGAUACCUAUUUACUCAAUUGACGCUUCAUUUAGU